AUGGCUCAGCUCAAGGAUAUCCCGAAUGAGAUACUCACGAGUAUCUUCACAUACGUCUCCGAUAUUAAUCACUCCAGCAUCUUCAACGUCACUCUCGUCAACAAGCACUUCAAUCAAAUCGCCAGUCCUCUUCGCGUUCGUCACUGGAGCGAUGAAGGGUUCUACGGCUACUACCAGGGCGAAUCACCAUGUCCACCAAUUUCAAGACUAGCGCUCGAGCUCUUGCGACAUCCUGAAUACCGUCUACAAGUCAAGACUCUAUCGUUUUCAUAUUUUCAAAGCAGUCGUGACCGCGACGCUGCUUACGUUCCCAUGAAACCCGAGAAUCUCCAGAUGCUUGCGUGGGCAGCUGAAGGAGUGGUCCCGACACUCGCAGAGUCAACAUAUCUAUGUGCCCGUAUCCGCGAGGACGUUGACGAUGCCAUCGCCGUGUUGGUCUUGGCUUGGGCUACCAAUCUGACAAGCCUCAGUGUGACGAUUCCUGACUUUGAUCCGACGCCAGGAUAUGAUGAAGGCCCUCUUGUUCUGCGCUUUGCAAAACAGCUGGCUCUUCGUUUUGAUAGUUCAGACCUCAAACCAAGUGCGCCGCUACCAUUGGCCAAACUACGCGAACUCGAGUUUCGACAUAAUCAUAUCGAACACAUUGUUGGGCUCAAAUAUCUGACACCAUUUCUCUAUCUCCCUCAUCUCAAGGACCUCAAGACAUACAGACUCGGUGAUCAAAAUUACAACGAUCUCGAGGACAGUGUGCAGCGCUAUAUCAAAGACAGGUAUUGCAUGCCGUUUCCGAAGGGGACCUCGUCUAUUGAGUCUAUCACUAUCGAAGAGACGACCUUGACGAGUAAUGGACUUUCAGAUCUUCUCGGAUCUUGUAGCAGCUUGAGACAUUUCUAUCUUCACUUCUCAUUUGACCUGGAUGAGAAUGAGCGUAGCUGGACAACGCUAGCCAGCAGCCUACUUCGUCACGCAGAAUCUCUGGAGGAGUUGCAUCUAUCUGUUGAUAACUGUCAUGUUGAGUGGGUGGGAGAUGAUACGGCAGACGAUUCUAAACCCGCUGAUUUCAAGGAUUUCUACCACCAUCUCACUUGUCUGAAAGUCCUCGCCGUUCCGAUGCCUCAUUUAUCUGGCAUUGAUAUAGCCGUGCGUUCGGAACCUCGAGAAGCAAGUCCUGUACGGUUACCGGAAUCUAUCCAGCAUCUCAAACUCUUGGACGUCAACUUGUCCGCCAACGUGCUACGUCUUUCCGACGAUGAAAUCUCGCCUUUCUUGGAUUUUAUUCUUCAUCUCAUCAGGGAGACGGGACCACAGGGGCGUUUAAGAAAUCUUCAGACACUGGAUUGUUCCGAAGUACUUCUGGACGACCCGGCGAAGAAAAAGAUUCAAGAAAUUAAGGACCUGGCACAAGAGCGUGGGAUUAAAGUUUUACUUCAAUCAUAUAUAACUGAUGUCAACGGACGAAUUAUUCAUACAUGA